AUAUGCAUAUCGUGUAUUGACACAUUCUUCAGUUCGAUUGUUUACAUUACUUUAGAUUUUUCGGUAUUCAAAUGAAUAAAUUGGUGCAAUGUAUCUUCAUUCGGGGGGACCUACCGUGGCCGCCGGGGGCUCUCGUGGCCCAAGCAUGUCACGCUUCUUCUGCUGUGAACUACUUGGACCACAAUCAUCCCAAUACUCAAUCAGUUUUUGGUAACAAAAAUCUCAUAACCAUGGAGGUGUUCAAGGUUCCAACAGAUAGCGCUUUGGAAUCCUUGAGCCAGACCCUAAAAGACUUAGAAGUCGACCAUAAACUUUGGACUGAACAACCAGAGAACAUCAAAACAUGCCUCUGCACUAAAAUUUACCCAGAAUCUUUUGUAAAAGUUAGUGAAUGGCUCAAUAUUUCUAAAAUUAAAGCUGAAAAAGUUGUUUAACAAA